GUCAAACUCAAACUGUCAAUAAUAUUGUCAUUGUGUGUAAAUUAUAAAAUUUCUUGGUUGUGUAAGAAAGUUUCGUGUUAGGCUAACUUAGGUGUUUAAGGUAGGUCAAAGCCAUGACUCGUCAUGCAAGGAAUUGCACUGCUGGUGCAGUAUACACUUACCAUGAGAAGAAGAAAGACGCUGAAGCGUCAGGUUAUGGAACUCAAAACCAAAGAGUGGGCAAGGAUUCUGUGAAGAAUUUUGACUGUUGUUGUCUAACUCUUCAACCUUGCCGAGACCCUGUAGUCACGUCAGAAGGAUAUUUGUUUGAUAAAGAAGCUAUUUUAGAAUAUAUAGUGAGGAAGAAAAACGAAAUAAGCAGAAAGACAAAAGAAUAUGAAAAGCAGAAGAAAAAGGAAGAGUCAGAACUGGCAGAGUUAGCUGCAGCUGAGAAGGCAUCGAAGCUGAACAGCUUUGUGAAGUCUGAAAAUAACAUCGUUAGCUCUCCUAGAGAUGUUUUUAGGAAAGAAAAUGGUAAUGAUGGCCCAUCAGUUUCAAACAUGGCUGGGGGCAAAGCCAAACAUUUACCUAGUUUUUGGAUCCCAUCAAAAACUCCAGAAGCACGCAAAACCAAAGUAGAAAAACCAGACAAAAACGUGCUUUGUCCCAUGACGGGUAAACCACUUAAGUUGAAAGAUCUGAUUGACGUCAAGUUUACGGAGGUGAAGGAUCCAGAUGACAAGAAGUCCCAUCUGGUGAAGGAGAAUCGUUACAUGUGUGCGGUAACUCACGAUGUGCUCAGUAAUGCUGUACCCUGCGCCGUCCUUCGACCAACGGGAGACGUUGUUACGAUGGAAUGUGUUGAAAAGUUAAUAAAGAAAGAUUGGAUCCAUCCCCUUACCAAUGAGAAACUCACAGAGAAAGACAUCAUCCCUCUGCAAAGAGGAGGAACAGGGUAUUCCAAGACAAAUGAAAACCUAGAAGGAAAGCAUGAAAGACCUGUCUUGCAAGCCUAAACAUUCAUCAUCUCUUAUAUUUAUGAAUUUGCUCCAAAUAGAAUAUUUUUAUGUAC